AUGAGUUGGAUGUCCUUUCUCUGUCUGGCCACUGCCUUUCUGGACCUCUGUAGGGGACACAACACCUUGUUUGAAGGAUAUGACCUGUCUAUGUCCAGCUACCACCUGUGUACUCGACAUGAGAGCACGGUGGUGAGUAAAGUGUUGUCCUAUAAGAUCUCUUACACGGUCAGGAGGUCAUGUGGCGACUGGCUACCCUGGAAGAUGUGUGAGGUCACAGUUUACAAAAAGGCAUAUCGGACUGAGUACAUGAAUGUCAUCAAAGACGUUUUGAGGUGUUGUGAUGGCUAUGAACAAGUGGGCAGCUACUGUGCUUUAACUAUGAACAGAAGUGGAGAGUUCACUGCUAAGCCAGGGUCCUGUCCUGAGGGUGUUGUGGAGGCACCCAGGAGUGGAGGGUGUGAAUGGGACUUAGACUGCCCAGGCUGGAAAAAGUGCUGCCAGAGAGAAGGCCUUUCUCUCUGUACUGACCCUCAGUCUGCAGGCAUUAGAAGCUGGUGCUUUCACGUCACUGUGACAGCGAAGAUAGAUUACCAGCGGCUGAUAUCCAUGGACGGGGGAAUCCUGAACCACACAAGGCUGCUGCACUCUGUGGUGACUGGAGCGCUGGACUCUUAUGACGUCUCUGUAUACUAUAUCAGAUCCUGGCCUAUAUGGCCAUUUAGAACCUCCUCCUCUCUGCUGAUUAGUUCCCCUGAAAUUCUGUCCCUGUCCAACACGACCACAAAGCUGCACCUUCUUCUCAUACACAUUGAAGAAGUCACCUCGGUGUCAGUUGAAGACAUGAAUGAGUGUAGCCAUGCCGCUCUCAGCAGCUGCUCACGUCAGGCAGACUGUACCAACACAGAGGGCUCCUACAGCUGCACCUGCCAUCCAGGGUUAAUUGAUCUCAACCCCAACAACAAAGGGGUACACUGCCAAGAAGUUGAGAUUUAUUACUGUCUCCCUUCUCCCCCAGACCCCGCCCCCAUCACCAACCUGCAGGCUUCCAGCGUCACUGGCUCCUCCUUCUGCGUGUCCUGGAUGACUGGCCAAUCCCAGAGUGGGUUUAGCUUUCUGGUGGUGCUGAUGGAGGGGUCAAAGGUCAGGGGACGCUGGGAGACGGGGUUGUCAGUCUGGGAGGUGACAUUGUUGAAGCCUGGGGUUCUCCACAACGUUACUGUCAUUUCCUGUCCCUAUGGGAGUCAGGGGGCCAGCCUGCUGGUUAAGACUGCUGCACAGACACUUGGAGCAACAGCUCACCUGACCAAUGUGCAGUUCACUGAUGCCCUGCUGGACCCUGCUAGCCAGAUGUAUCAGAAUCUUAGUCGUAGUAUUAUGGAAGAGAUCCUCCAGUCUCUCCCUCCUGAUAUUCUGGCCCUGGUAAACUCAGGAGAUGUGAGGGUUCAGAUCACAGGCCUGGCCCCCGGCAGUGUAGUAGUGAACUUCACCAUCAUCUUCACACCCAGUCAGUCCCUGGACAUCCUGAAAGUGUCCUCUGUUCUGAUGCAGGCCCUACAGAACAGCUCCAGAUACACUGUUGACAGCAACAACACCAGCAUAGAUGAUGUUGAUGAGUGCAGUACAGGGGACAUGGACUGCUCCCCAUGGGCCCAGUGCACUAACACCUGGGGCUCCUACAGUUGUCUCUGUCUGGAUGGAUUCACGGACUCUAACCCCUCUAGGCCGGGACGGGUCUGUUCAGCACCUAUGUCCGCAACCACACCUAUGUUCGCAACCACAACAAACACUCCGGUUACAACCAGCAAUACAGUGUCAACCACUACCACCUACAAUACAACCUCAAUUACAUCCAACAAUACAGAUGCAGCUACAAUGAACGCACCCGUUACAACCACUGUCAACAAUACAGUGAGAAUCAACAACACAGUUUCAACCAAAACUCCAGUCACAAUCACAACCAUGGCGCCAGUUACAACCUCAACCAUCACUGAAGUUCCUACAAAAAUGACCAGCGGUCUCAUCAAUACCAGUCUGCAGCCUGAGACUCCUACAUCUCUGGCUCCUCUGGUCUCUUAUACAGAAGCCAUCUCAGUGGAGUGCAGGGCCAGUGCCAUCACGGUGACAGUGGCCAGGGACUUCCUGUGGUCGGGGCACAUUGGGGACUCUUCCCUGUUCCUAGGGACACAGGAGUGUGGCGUGAACGGAGGGAACAGUAGCCACGUCCAACUGACGGUGGCGUGGGACGAGUGUAACACACAGCUCUUAUAUGUGAGUCACACUCACUACACUGCUCAGGUGAUUCUGUACAACUCUAUGAGCUCUCAGCUCUUGCCUGAUGACACUACAAGGGUUCCCACAGUAUGGCUGAAGGUCCCCAUCAUGUGUACCUUCAGGAGGAGCAUCAUCAUCUCCUCUGGUUACAGCACCGCAGGGUAUGAUAUGAUCAAUGAUGCUGUCAUGGGCUCAGGGACGUUCUACGUGACAUUUCAGCUCCUGAAUGGAAUGUCACCCCUACCCCAGAACUACAGCCUGUCUCCUGAGGAGGACGUUGUGGUCGAGGUCAGCGUUGACUCCACGGUUGCCCAGAUCAAAGUGGUCAUCAACAAGUGCUGGGCCACCCAGAGCAGCAACCCCUUAGAACCAACAACCUAUGUUUUUCUGGAAAACAGCUGUCCCCUCCCAAACACAUACACCACAGUCGUGGAGAACGGCAACUCCAGCAAGUCUCGCCUGUCUCUUCGCAUCUUCUCCUACAUCAACCUGAAUGUCAUCUACCUGCACUGCCAGAUUCAGAUCUGUAUCGAGACUGGCUCAGCCACCUGCCAGCCUGUGAGCAUCUGUCCAGAUGUAUUCAUACUCAUGAUGUCGCAAGGGUCUGUACACAACUUCUGGAAGCUGAAAAUGUCCCAGUUCUUCCAUGGCCUGCAUACCCACCAGACAUGUUGCUCAUUGAGCAGGUUUGGGAUGCUCUGGAUCUACAUGUUCCAGUUCCCGCCAAUAUGGAUGCCCGUCGAAGAGAGAUCUGAUACUCUUCGUCUGGUGGGCUACAGUUUACUGGGAAUAGGACUAUUCCUCCUCUUUAUCGGGAGUCUCUCUUCCUUGUUCUUCAGCCACAGGAAGCGAAUUGGAACCUACAGCUUCAGCCUCAAACCCAAACAAGAUAACUAUACCUAUCAUGUUUUCAAUACUUAGUGCUGGAACACUUUUAGGCUAGUUUUAGUGAACUCAAAGACAUAGUAAAGUUGGUUGCCUAGUAGUCAGAAAUGAAGAGGUCAAUGCAGAU